CAGCCUUGCACUUGCCUCAGGUCGGACUUUCUAACCACCUACUUCAGAAUGCCGAUGACAGCUCAUCAGACCGGGCGACUAGCAUCGCAUCUUCUAGCACGAGCUUGGCAAGCUCGAUCAUGAACCACCGUAUCGAAAAUGGCAGAACCUACCACAGGUAUAAAGAUGGCCGUACCUACCCCAAUGACGAGAAGGAGAAUGACAGGCUAGACCUUCAACAUAACAUCUUCCUUCUCACGCUCGACUACAAGCUGGGUCUUGCUCCGGCGGCUCAGCCCGGAUCCAAGGUCAAACGUGUCUUGGACGUGGGAACUGGCACUGGAAUCUGGUGCAUCGAGUUCGGCGAUGAACAUCCUGAUGCCGAGGUUGUUGGUAUCGAUCUGUCUCCAGCUCAAACAGCAUUCGUUCCGCCCAACGUCAAGUUCGAGGUUGACGACCUCGAGGAACCUUGGACGUACCACACAAAGUUUGACUACAUCCACACGCGCGUCAUGACUUCUAGCAUCGCCGACUGGAAGAGGUUCUUCAAGCAAUCUUACAACUUCCUCGAGCCCGGAGGAUACAUCGAGCUCCAAGAAGGCCACAUGAGACCCGACUGCGAUGACGACACCCUCAAGCCCACCAGCCCGCUCAUCGAGUGGGUCGACAGGCUGGAAGAGGCCUGCAACAUCUUUGGGCGUCCGUUCAUCAACUGCCCGAGCCUCAAGCCGCUGCUCGAGGAGGUCGGCUUCGAAGACGUCUCGGUGAAAAAGUACAAGUGGCCGAUCAACGCGUGGCCCAAGGAUCCUCACUACAGAGAGCUCGGCAUCUGGAACCUCGAAAACAUGCUGGAGGGCGUCGAGGGCUGGAGCAUGGCCCCCUUCACCAGAGCGCUCGACUGGACGAAAGAGGAGGUGAAUGUCUUCCUCAUCAGUGUUCGAAACGAGUUGAAGAACAAGAAUGUGCAUGCCUAUAUUCCCGUGUACGUGAUCCACGCGAGAAAGCCGCUCAAGCCUGCUGAGGAUGACGAAGAGGCGUCCUGAAGAGAAUCGAGGCAAAACAGUUCUGAAGUUGAUGUGGAAGGGGGUUGAACUUAGCUAGCGAGUGACAAUCAUGUUGGACAUGGUGAUGAGAAAAUGAACUACACGCUCACAAGUAGAUCCGCAGCUCGCCGCAGGUUAUCAAGGACUGAUUGACAUUGUCUAUCUCAAUCUCAUUUGAAUCCAGAUAUAUAUAGAGAGUGUGUA